UUUUUCUUGGCCAAAAAUGAAAAAUUAAAACUUGAAAAUGAAUUCAAAUGCAGCUUCUGACGAUCAAGGAAAGGAUUCAUGUUUAAAUGAGACCAAAGCAACUGUAAGCGCCAAGCGCAUCCUUUCUGCUUGGGAGAAGAACUGAGGUCAUCUAUUACAAAGAACUCGGACUCAGCUGUCCCAUGGCAGAUCCUCCUCAGAGACUAUGUCUCUGAGGAUUGCAAGGUAAUCCCAUCCAGAGAGUCCCUUGGCAUAAUCGGCUUUCAAGGCUCCAACUUAGUCCAAGAAUGUCGCAAAAAUAUCUGGAAAAGAGGUGGAUUCCUUACGAUUUUCUGUGAUAUCCACAAACAACCUGAAGAAUACUGUAUUUGAGGCAUCACUGAAGAUGAAGACCAAGAGGGAUUCAUGAUCUGAUGUGAAUCAUGAGAGAAUUGGUAUCACGGAGAAUGAGUCGGCAUUUCCUCCCAACAAGGCACCCAGAUUAAAGAGUAUUUCUGUGAAAGAUGUACCAAGUGGCAGGAGAAACGAGAAAAUUUUAUCUACUCGAUUUCACAUUCUAAAUCAUCAGAUAUUGAGCUACUUGAGAAAUUCGAGAAAGGCUCAAGCAUGUUGAUCCCCGAAGCACCAUUCGGUUUCAGACUUAUUGAUUUUAUUAUAAUUGCCGAAGCUUGGAGUAGAUUGGCAGAUGUUUUGCAAAAUUCCUCCAGAAACAACUCAGAAAUCACUGCACAUCUCAGAAUUAUUGAGAAAAUUCCAAUCAACUGCGGAUCUCGAGUACAAACUUUAAUCCAAAAGUGACAGAAAACCAUUAUAUCAGCAGAAAAAUUUCUUCCAAACUUUCAAGAUCUCCAAAAGCACAAACCUCUUGAGAUCCUCACAGAAGAUGGGAGGAUAAAUACAACCAACCUUAACACAAAUCAAACUAAUUUAACCAUACUCUCAGAAGCCUGAAAGGACCUUGAACCCUCUCAAAUUUCAGCAUGACCUGACUUAAAACUCUUGGCUAAGACAAUAGACUGCUUAAAAGUCUUGAAAGGCAUCUCUGAGUACUACGACCCUAACUUUUCAGGCCAAAAGGACCUUGAACGAUACGAAAAAUUAUUUGAAGCCCUCAAAGCAACACCUUACAAGGGUAAGCUCUUAACAAUCAUGGACCAGGAAAUAGCUGAGUACAACAAGUUCUGACAGGAUGCCGAGUACAUCCUUCGAGAAGAGGCUAAGAAAGAUACCUCAGCAGCCGCCUCUUACAAUGGCAUUACCCAGCAGGAACGUGUCGACUGACAAGUUCGGGACUGGAAGCAAGCGGUUAACACCAAAAUUGACAAAAGCAAGUUUGAUAAAGUUCUCCACAAUAGCUCUUGUCUUCAAAUUGAUUGCUCAAAAUAUCUUCCAGAGCUCACUCGUAUUGACAACUUAUGAAAUCAGUACGAAGAUAAGCUAAAUCAGACGAUUCUUUGAGUAAACAAGAAGUUAACAAUUACAGAAUGCGAGGAGAUUAUACUCCAAGGGAUCAGGAUGGCUAUCCCUCCAAAGAAAAUGCUUAUGAAAGCUAUAAAUAAGUAUAAGAAGUUAGCAACCUUUGCAAUAAUUUGUGAAGAUAUUUGUAAUGCCACUCCUCAGAAUAAACAAGAUAGCAAGAAUUUACACGAAAUCCUCCAGUACAUUGAUAGAACUUGCUACACCAACCAUUGCUUGUUAGAACCCCAGCUCGAUAAGAUCAACAAAAUUCACACCGAAUGUAAGCAAUUACAACAGAAGAUCAAGCUGUUUAAAAGCUCUAAACCUACAGAGAUUAAGGCUUUCAUCGAUGAAAUUAACUCAACUACUAGAGUCACCCUUCCUGGGCUUCAGAAGUUAUACCAAAGGAUGAUCCUCUGUCAGAUAAUGGACCCAGAGCCUGCCUCUGAUCCUCUAGAUUCUACAAUUACAGAAAUCGAAGCCAUAUUGGAGGACCUCUCAGAAAAUAAACUCAAAAUCCCUGGAAAGCACAAAGAUGAUGUAGACCUAGAAAUAAGAGAAAAAAUUGAAUUCACAAAUCAGAUGAUGAAGAAGCAAUCUCAAUGACAAACUUCCGAGGCAGCUGAAGAUCUGAUGAAGGCUGUAAAAGCAUCAGGAGUAUAUGUCAAGCCUAUCCAUAACCUCCUCAACGAUACUGUGUUAUCACUGUCCUGGCUCGAGUCUACCUCGGAAGACAUUAGAAAGAUGUAUGAAACUCACUUCAAAAAGGCUGCUCCAAAGGAUAUUCUAGAUAACCCAGAUUGCUUGGAUUUUAUUGCUAAUAAAAAGCUUAAAGACUAUUGAAAGAUCACUGAAAAGGUCAACAAAGUGAUGGGUCCCAAGCCAGCUUUACUAUACAAAACCUUGGCAAAAAUGCAAUGGACCAGAGAAUGCCACAAAUCUAUCAAAUCUGACCUCACUGAAGUCCCUCACACAACGCUCCAAAGACUCCUAAAACUCGGCACUUCACUCAACCUCACCUCUCCUGAAUUCCAUCACCUUCAAGAAUCCCACCAGCACCUCGAAAUCCUCCACAAAUUCAGCACCGGCUGCGACCCUCACAUCCUAGACUCUCUCCUCCUUCUCCAGUGCCCUGACCUCCCUUCCCAGCUAGAAUCCCUACUCUCCAAGACAAAAUCCCCUUCAAAAAUCUCCAAAAUCACUCAAAUCCUUCCUUUAGCUAAAAUCUCAAAAUCCCUUUAUUCCUUCACUAAAGAUCCCAACCCUUCAGCCCAUUCAGCAAAAAUCCUCCUCGCCCAAGCUAGAGACCAAGGACUUCCUUCCCAAAAUCCUUAUUUUUCCAAGCUAAAAUCCCAACUUGACCAGUACGAUUCUCUCUUUCCAGCCUUAACAGCUAAAUUUCCCGAACAAAAAUGUAAUAUUGCUCAGAUUUUGAACCCUGCUAGUACCACGUACACUAUCGAGCGGAAGCUUGACUUACUCAACAAGGCCAAUGGCUUAGCCAUUGAGCUAAGAGAUCAAGUGAAGGAAGUCACGAACGAUAUUAGAAAAGUUAAAAAUUUAGUGGUUAAAGCAAAGAAAUGGGCCAAACAAGCCACCAAGAAGGAGACUGAAGGCCUUUAUAAGGAAAUAAGGGCACUGUACUUGGACUUAGAGCGACUUCCCUUAACUACAACGGAGGAUUUGGAGGUGCUAAGGAGAGUAGCCACAGCGCAUGCGAUACAAGAAGCAAAGCAGUAUAUGGUUGGCAAAAAGCGAUUCGAGGAGUGGAAGGUUUUGUAUGGAAAAUUGCAAUUUGAGAAGGAAGCUGAUGAGAUGGAAACUUAUGAAAUUUUUGUGGAGAUUUAUAAAACAGCAGCUAAGCUAAACAAAUUCUUUCAAAAGAUCAACCCAGAUCCUUAUUUUAUCCCAAAAAUGCUCUCAGAGGCUUCCCAAUCACCUAUCAAUUUCGAAACCGAGGUCGAAUCUCUCAAGACAAAUUACCAAAGAUAUCUCGAAAUCAAGAAGAAGCUCCAAGACUCAUACAAAGAAAACAUCUCAAUCGAAGACCUACAAAAAGAUCAUUGCAUGCUUUCUGAGUCUUCAUUUGGCUUCACUCAGGAAAUCAGACAUUUCAAAAAGCUGCUAAAUAUGUGCAAAAGCAUGAAGAAAAGGAUGCUCAAAAUAAUGACUCUCAAAACUUCCAAGCGGAUUACAUCUGAAAAGGCUAACAAAGAAGUCAAAGAAUACAUCGAUUUAGGUGUUAAAUUCCAAGAAGGAGACAAGUUCAAACACUGGGUUGAACAAUCAGACCAACAAUACCAACAAGUCUCCAAUGAGGUAACGACAUUUUCCCAGCUAAACAAAGCUCUGGAUUAUGACCAGUAUGUUGCACUUGAGGCAAAGUUGACUCAUCUCCCUUUUGAUUACUCCAAGACAAAUCCUGCUCUUAAAAGUCACCUUCGGAAUCUCUUCCAGAAUUGAGUGGUAGGAUGUUUCAAAAAUUAUUCAAAUCACCAAAUAGCCUAUUGAAAGCCCCAACCCAAUAAAGAUCCAAAAGAUGACCUUAACAAGCUCAUCUGAAAGCCUAUAAGCAGCUUUAAAAAUGAAGAAAAUGACUCUAAAGCUCCCUUUCUGCCUGCUUGCAAAAAGGUCCCUCUUCCAAGACUUGAAGCCUUCCUGAGCCAUUCAGCAGACUCGGCCUCAAGACAGCCUGCUUGAGCUCUCAAGGAGAUCGAGGAAUAUGUGAAGCAAGUAUUGGCUCAGAUAGAUUGCAUAAAAACCCACGAGGCACUGAAGAACCUAGCUGAAGACCUCCAGCUCCACUCUUUUGUCAACUUUGAAGAAGCUGUAGCCACAAAGAAGAAGACUUUAAAGAAGAUGCCCAAAAGAGAACGUAACCCAAGCCCGAAGAAGAAAGUUGCUAAGCAGCGUCCCAAGCAGAGUCCAAUGCAGCGUCCUAAGCAGAGUCCGAAGCAACCGAGGAAGAAGAGAGAACAGAAAGAAAGGGCCAAGCAAGCUGAUGAAGAACAGAAACUAGAGAAGAAAGUUGAAACGAAAAAGAAUUUAAAAAACACAAUGGAGCGAUUAAAACAAAAGCUUGGGCCAAAGGAGAGUAAAGCUGAUAUGAUGCCAAAGUUAUGAAGAAAUGAUAAACUAAGGAAAAGAGAUUCCUCAAGUUCAUCCUCUUCUUCUGAAUCAUCAAGCAGCUCUUCUUCAUCAUCCACCAGCACAAAUUCAACUCAAAAUUCUCCAAAUCUAGCUCAACAAAAACCUGCAAGCACCCUAAAACCAGUUAAUCCCACUAAAAAUACUCCAAAACAGCUCUCAAAGGCUUCAAAAACGUUUUCUAAGUCUUUUGGAUCAGAGCUAAAAUUCUCAAAACAAGCCAAAGACUCAGGAUCCAACGAAGACACUAAGAGCACAAGUGGCGAGUUGACUCCUAAAUCAAGUCAAAAACCAGUGAAGCCUUUACUAGGAAAAUCCUUAAAGUUCAAAAGAGUACAGAAUAACGGCCUAAAACGUAAGAUAAAGUCUAGUUUGGCUGAUUCUUUAAAAAGAUUAAAGUAAUUGAGUUAAAAUAAGGUUUAAAGUAUGUUUGGGAGGGUUUGAAGGUGGUAUUUGGGUUUGUUUUUGAAUUUGGAACAAAAGCAGGUAUUUUAGAUUUUUGAGGGAUAUGUUUGAGCUGAAUUUUUAAGGAUAGAUAUUUUUGGAUAUUUGAGAUAUAUGUGUGCGGAGUUAUGUCUAGAUGAUAUUUUAUUUGUUUAAAGAAUUCUUGACGAGCUCUUAUUAAUAAGAAAAAGAAAAUUUGAGCUGUAGAAAUAAGGAAAAGAAUCCUUGAAGAUCAAGAUAUCCACCACAAAAGCUCAUCAAAUUCCUCUCAAAACCAAAGAGCAAAUAACAAAUCUAACUCAAAAAUCCAAAAGCAACAGAAAACCAAAUACUCACAGAGAAAGAAGACAGCAGGCUUCAAGAAGAAGACAGAGUUUACUAAGGACGAAAAGCUCUUGAUUCAAGUUUUGAAAUACACCAACAAAUCCUCUGGAUCUGUCCAAACCUUAUAUGCACCUCUAAACAUUGCAGCUGAGGAACUCCCUAAAAGCUCUAAAAAGGAUUCGAAGGUAAUGGAAACAGCCAAAAAUGCUGUUGUAAACAUCACUGAUGAAGCUCCGACCCAUCAAAACUCAGAACAGAUCAAUUUACCUCCUGAGAAAAAAUCAAUAUAAAAAGACUCAAAAUUGAAGGCAUCUUCCUGAAGACCAUUAAGAAGUACUUAGUGACGAAAGAAGAGGGCAUUAACCCAAACCAGUUUGCAGACAGAAUAGAGCGAUGCCUCUACAAAUAAGUGCCAACAGAAGAUAGCCUCUCAGUACUGGAAACACGCAGAGGUGGUAAAUUCCAACCUGCAGGCUCUGUCAGACUAUCUGCCUUCCUUAAGGCUGAUCUCCAAAGGAAAGUUCGAUACUGAAGAAAUGAUGCUGUCAAGGAUAGCUUUCAGGAGGAAAUCCAUGCAGAGGAAGAUCAACCUCCAAGAGAAACUGCAGCAUAAGAUGCUUAUUCAGCAGAAAUAAUGAAGAGAUUAAGAGGCGAGAGCAGGAGGAAAUGAACAGGCCGCAUAACCCUAAGCAAACGCUAAAGAAAAUAAUCCAGUCAGCUGUGGAUUAUCGGCCUAAGUGCACCAAUUCAAUGAGAUCAAGACUUGCCCAACUUGUGCCUCAAAAUGAUCGAAAUGACGAAGCCCAGGACAAGGACCUUGAGCAUAGGCUAAACAGGGAGGAACGGCAGCUCAAUGAAGCUAUUAAGAGAAGUCUGAUAGACCUGAAGAAGAAGAAGGCUCAGUCUAGUUAA